AAUGGCUUCUGUUCCGAGAGCCUCACCGUGAUCCCCGCCAGCAGCGGCACCGGCAUGACGGGGCCCAGGGGCCCGGAGAGGGGCUGAGCAGCUUCAGCACCAGCCGCGGGGACAGCGCCCAUCAGCAUGGACAGAGAUUAUAUCGUGAGGGUCCGAGCAGUGGUGAUGUCCAGAGAUGACUCUAGUGGGGGCUGGGUGCCGAUGGGAGGAGGGGGUCUCAGCCACGUAAUGAUAUGCAAAGUGCGGCGGCCAGACGCGGCCCACCAGCGAGAUUACCUUAUCCGAGGGGAGCGGCUCCGAGAUCAGACGACCAUCCUGGAGUGCGUCCUGAAGAAGGGUCUGGUGUAUAACAAGGCCAACCCCAUAUUCCAUCAUUGGAAGGUGGAGGAGAAGAAGUUCGGACUGACGUUCCAGAGCCCGGCGGAUGCCGUGACGUUUGAGAGGAGCGUGCAGGCGGCCGUGGAGGAGCUGGCAGAAGGUUCUCUCUCCCGCUCAUCGUCCUCUUCUUCCUCGUCCGCCUCCCCCGAAGAAGCAGAUGUUUUGGAAGACGCCAUCCCGCUGCCCACAGACAGCGAGUCGUCUUCUAACAGCCGGAAGGAGAUGUUACCCAAACACAUCACCAUCGUCACCAGCGAGUCCUCGUCCAGCUGCUACAUGCGCUCUCCGGCGUCCGAGGAGUUCGGCUUCGGCCCCUCGGGCAGCCCCACGACGCAGUCGCAGCCUCUCCAGCGCCUGUCCUUCCAUGAUGAAGAGGAGCUGGAGAGCAUCAACCCCUGCAAGGACCUUUGGGUGUCCAAGGGCUACGAGGACUACCGGCGCGCCGCCCUGCAGGGGUCCGAGCAGCCCAAGUCCGACCUGCGUGUCCACUUCCAAAAAGCCAGCGGGAGCAAAGCGAAGGAGCGCCACUUCCCAGGAGCCACGGCGGCCUCAGAAAGCGAGGGGCCCCUGAAGGACCCCAGGGGCUCUCCUUCCUGCAGGAUCCACGGCACUCCCUCCCCCAAGUCUAAGGAACACGCUCACUCGGCCGCCGAGGAGGACAUGGCCACGGCCCGGUGCGUGUACUGCCGGGGGGUAUUUAGCAGCGAGGAGAACGGCCGAGGGCAGUGCCAAGAUGCCCCCGACCCCAUGGGGCGCUGCGUCUACCAGCUUUCCUGUAUGUGGUGCGCCGAGAGCCUGCUGUACCACUGCAUGUCGGACUCGGAGGGCGACUAUUCGGACCCGUGCUCCUGCGACCCGGGGCAUCCCCACUUCUGCGUCCGCUGGGCCGCCCUGGUCGCGCUGUCCCUCGUGGUCCCCUGCAUGUGCUGUUACCUCCCGCUGCGGGGGUGCCACUGGUGCGGCGAACACUGCGGCUGCUGCGGGGGCAAACACAAAGCGGUGCGGUGAGAGGAGGAGCGCGGGGGGGGAUUGUGAGACGAUUGCCCCGUGGCCUCCCCGGUUCCACCGCCCAGUGGGGAUGUUUUUUGGUUAAAAAAAAAUGUUUUUGGGGGAGGAAGCAGCUGCAGAGACCUACCAAAAAAAAUAGCGUGUGUGGGGGGGUUCAAAAGCGGGCAACAGACCCCAUACUGCCGGGGGGGGGGCAUCAGAGCUUCAGCCCCACCUGAGGCCAAACAAAGCUAAUUGCAGUGAUAAUCGCCCUGUACCGGGGUAUUUAAAGCGGCUCGAGUGGCCCCACCAGAAAAUAGUA